GAGUACUUUGGAACUAUAAAUCUCUUUCAAAUACUAAUACUAAGUACUGUUGGAUAAUUCAUUACUUACAAAAUUGAAGCGCAAGUCAUGCUUCUGGAUCAUAAAAUUAAGAAAUUUACUGUUCAGACUAAAGAGCUUUUUAUAAAUCCUUAUCUGAAUAGCUCUAUUAGUGGUCGCAUGGGCGUGUAUACUCAACGAAUUGCCGCUUUCUAAAAUCAAGGAUAAUAUUUGAUACAAUAUUUGAAAUUUAUUUAAAAUAUUGUAUCAAAUAGUACGUUAAUUCAAGUCUAAAUUGUUGAAUAAAUUCAUUCCUUUGCAAUACAAAAAAAUAAAAAAAAAAAUAUCUAGUCAAUAAUCGUAAUGAGAUAUAUUGUAAAGCGUUGAAAUUUGCAUACAGCGAGAUAUUGAUAUAGAUAUUAAGUUUGAUAAAAAUAAAAACAUAAGACAUACUUGUAGCAUUUAUAUAGGCAUGUUCUUUGAAAUGUAAUCGCCUGAUAUCGCAUCGAGCGUUAUAUUCGUUGGGAAUAGUGGGAGAUCUCAUAUAAAAUGACUAAAUCGCUUGUGAGGGUCAAGGGUGAUACUCGGCUGCUUUAUAAACUAAAGACGGAACUGUCAAGAUUUAGUUUGUCAGUGGCUGUCGCAUUAUACUUAAUUAUCUUGAGGAAGAUUGAAUCAUGUCAACAAAAAUUGCCACGACCGUUCAAAAUCUAACGAUUUUUGAUCCUUCGGAAAAACUUCGCCCGGAAACCAUUUACAAUGGUAAACUCGAAAGCGAAUUUAGAGACUACUCGGAAAAUCCCGAAGAUCCUAUUAAGGAACGCGUUCGUCGAACAUAUUUAAAUAUGCAUACCCAUCAGACUGUUGAUUUUGUAAAAUCAAAAAUGGAAGAAUGGCUUAAAUUUAACAAAUGCAAAAUGACAGUGAAACAAGCGCUUAUAAAACUAAACGAAUUAGUCGACGAAAGUGAUCCAGACUCGGACCUUCCAAACAUCGUGCACGCUUUCCAAACUGCUGAAAAAAUUAGACACGACCAUCCAAACGAAGACUGGUUCCACCUCACAGGACUUAUUCACGAUUUAGGAAAGGUAAUGGCAUUUUAUGGAGAACCUCAAUGGGCAGUUGUUGGUGAUACAUUCCCCGUGGGAUGUGCAUGGGGCAACUCUAUUGUCUACAGAGAAACGAGCUUCAAUGAUAAUCCUGAUGGAAAGGUUCCUCGUUACAAUACAAAAUAUGGAAUGUAUAAGCCAAAUUGUGGUCUGAAAAAUUUAAUGAUGUCAUGGGGACAUGAUGAAUAUCUGUAUCGAGUAUUGAAACAUAAUAAGAGCACAAUACCAAAAGAAGGUUUAGCAAUGAUAAGAUACCACUCAUUUUACCCAUGGCAUGCUGGUGGCGAUUAUAUGCACUUCUGUACCCAAGAAGAUAUAAACAUGUUGGAGUGGGUUUUAGAAUUCAACAAAUAUGACUUGUAUACCAAGAGCAGUCAAGUUCCUGAUAUUGAAAAACUCUGGCCAUAUUAUGAACAACUUAUUGAAAAAUACAUUCCUGGCGUCCUUGAAUGGUGAAAAUACUCAGAAGCCAAUCUAUUUAAACAAAUAAAAGUUAAACUGUAUUAUUAUUUAAGCACAGAAAAUAAAAAUACAUAUAUUAUUAAAUUUAUUAA